GUCCAAUUGGCUGGACAUUCGCUAUUGCAAACUGAUUUCCGGCCCAGAUGGCUAGAUAGCCAGGUGCGCUGCAUCAUAUUAUAUCUACCGAGGACGCCAAGGAAUGGACAUCAAUGCUUCCCAAAUCUUUUACUUCUGAGAACAUUGGCAGUCUCAGGCUGUGACAAACAUCAUGGCUGGUCACGCUACAGGACAGGAGGGCCACCUUCAGAAGCGCUUUUCGAAGAUUACCAUGAUAGGCAUGGCCUUCGCUAUUCUAAACACCUGGAUUUCUCUCGCUGGGUCAAUUGGCCUCGUCAUGCCGUCUGGCGGCUCCGUUUCGUUUGUGUAUGGCUUUGUUUUCUGUGUACUUUGCAAUGUGUGCUUGAGCGCCAGCGUGGGAGAGCUGGCGUCGCUCUGGCCCACUGCUGGAGGGCAGUACCACCACGCUUAUGCCUUGUGCACUCAAAAGUGGAAGAAGUCGAUCAGCUUCCUCGUCGGAUGGGUCAACAUUGCUGGCUGGCUUACGCUGAACACAACGGCGGCCUACUUUGGAGCUCGAUUCCUUGUGGCAGCUGCGGUAGUCGGCUCCGGCGGCACCUACCAAAUCACCCAAUGGAGCACGUACUUGAUGUUCGUCGCAGUGUCCAUCAUUGGCGUGCUGUUGAACAUUUUCGCAUAUCCCAUCCAAAACCGCUGGAAUGAGGGCGCCUUGUAUUGGUCGUUGGCGAGCGUCGUCGUGAUCAGCAUUGUGCUUCUUGCCACCUCUCCCAAGGCCGACGCGGAAUUUGUCUUUACGAACUUUUCCAACACGACCGGCUGGAGUGAUGGCACGGCCUGGAUGCUCGGGUUGCUCCAGUCCGCUCUGAGUCUCAUUGGUUUCGAUGCUGUUGCUCAUAUGACAGAAGAGAUGCCUCACCCUGCCAGGGAUGCCCCUGUAGCUAUGGUUUCUGCUGUCCUCGUAGGCGGCGUAACAGGUAUCGCCUUCAUCCUCGUGAUGCUCUUCUGCUUCGUUGACCUCGGCCUUCUUCUCGCAUCCCCAACGCAAAGUCCACUCACCGAAUUAAUAUAUCAAUCAACCGGCAGUAGUGCAGCUGCAGCUAUAUUGAGUGUAGCCGUUGCGCUGUGUUUCGUUAAUGGUGCCAACGGCUGUGUCACAUCUGGUAGUCGCCUGCUCUGGGCCAUGGCACGAGACAACGGCACACCAUUCUCUCGAUACUUGUCCCAUCUCCAUCCGAAACUCAACGUUCCCGUCCGCGCAAUCCUUGCUCAAGCAGUCUUCAAUCUCCUCUUCGGUCUCAUCUACCUCGGACCGGAGGUAGCCUUUAAUGCCUACAUUGCUAGUUGCACGCUAUUCCUCAAUUUAUCUUACGCUGCUCCCAUUAUGAUUCUGCUUAUACGGGGCCGAGAUCUCGUUUUAGACAACCCCCCUGAGUUCUGCCUCGGAAAGGUCUGGGGAUAUGUCAUGAAUUACACGGCGGUUAUUUUCGUGAUUGUCACCUCUGUUUUCUUCUGCUUCCCCCCGGCCAUCCCAAUAAAUAUAUCUACCAUGAAUUACGUCACAGCAGUGGCCGGAAUCUUCAUAGUCUUUGUGGCUGUGCUAUGGAUUUUUAAGAAGAAGUCAUACAAUGGUCCAAAAUUCGAUCUUAUCCUAGGGAAGGAUCUGCCCGUGGCGAAUUCGAUUUCGGAGGAGCUAAAGAACGACACAAUCUCUGACUCUCAUUCAAAGCCUCUGGAUUGAUAUGGAUUGGCUUUCGUGUGCAGUACAUAAUUUGGCACUGAAUGACCCAGGGGUUUGGGACGGCGGCUGUCUGAGGUCCAAUUAUCGCUGCCAAAUCAGAAAGACGUAUAUCUGUGUAUUGCUUCAUAGACACUCUAAAUUUAGUCGACACAAUAUGUAUUAUGAUCAUCAG